ACACGCAUAUAUAAUAUUUUUACAAUAUUAUCUUAAAUUAAUGUUAUAAGUCCUAUCAUUCUGUGCAUGUAUGUGUAUAUGCACACACAAGGAACAAAAAUGCUUUGUGACUACACAAAUAAGUAAGAAAAAUAGGUAGAAAAAUGGGAAGCAGCAACAUUGAUAUUCCAAAGGUUAGAGUAGGUUCAAGUAGCAUUCCAUUGCUGGGAUUUGGAACAGCUGUAUUCCCUUUUGUUGUAUCAGAAACCGCGAAAGAGUCCAUCCUCCAUGCAAUCAAACUUGGCUACAGACACUUCGACACCGCCGCUAAUUACAAAUCCGAACCGUCUCUUGGUGAAGCCAUAGCAGAAGCUCUCCGCCUUGGCCUCGUCACAUCUCGUGAUGAGCUUUUCAUCACCUCAAAGCUCUGGUGCAGCGAUGGACACCGUCACCGUGUCCUCCCUGGACUACAAAGCACUUUGCAGAAGCUUGGAUUGGAGUAUCUUGAUCUUUUUCUGAUCCACGUACCGGUGAGCUUGAAGCCAGAAGCAGCGUAUGAGGUGCCUUUCAAGGAGGAGGACAUUGUUGCCAUGGAUAUCAGGGGUGUUUGGGAAGGCAUGGAGGAGUGUCAGAGACUUGGCCUCACCAAAAAUAUUGGAGUCAGCAACUUCUCUUGUAAGAAGCUAGACCAGUUACUUCUAACUUCAAAAAUCCCUCCCAUGGUCAAUCAAGUGGAGAUGAGCCCACUUUGGCAGCAAAGUAAGCUGAGAGAGUUCUGUGAGAAAAAGGGAAUCCAUGUCACUGCUUAUUCACCUUUAGGGGCAAGAGGAACAGUAUGGGGAACCAACCAAGUCUUGGACUGUGAGGUUCUCAAAGAGAUUGCUGAGGCUAGGGGAAAGACAGUUGCUCAGGUAGCCCUGAGAUGGGUUUACGAGCAGGGAGUGAGUCUUCUUGUGAAGAGUUUCAAUAAGGAGAGAAUUAAAGAGAACCUUGAGAUAUUUGAUUGGACACUGAGCCCUGAGGACUGCCACAAGAUCAGUCAAAUUCCACAGCAGAAGGGGUGGGAUGCAAUCCAAUUCAUAUGGGAUGAAGGCCCAUAUAAAUCUAUUCAGGAGUUUUGGGAUGAGGAGGUAUAAUUCAUGUUAUAUGUAUAUACAUCAAAUCUUGUAAACAAGAAAUUGCAUAAUUAAGCUAAAUAAAUUUAGAAUUUGAUUAUUAAAAUAAAUAAACACAACACU